AUGCCAAGGUCUUCUCGUACAGGUGAAUUGGUAUACGACCCCGAAAUCGAAAAGACCGCACGAAAACUUCGUCAGGAGACUAAGCAACAACUGGAAGGAACAUCCGCUCCAUACGAAGAUAAAGAAGACCCAACUUUUGAGUUUGAAGAAUCCGUAAGCGAAUCCGAAGAAGAGACGAUGGCUUUGAUCCCUGAAAGAUCGAUCAAUGACAUGACGUCACCCGAUCUAAACCAGCAGCUACUGUGCAUUGAAUACCCCGACUUAGAGGUAGAUUUUGAGCUGAAAUCUGGAUUAAUUCAUUUACUUCCUACUUUCCGUGGUCUCGCAGGUGAAGAUCCACAUAAGCAUCUGAAGGAAUUCCAUGUGGUGUGUUCCGGAAUGCGACCACAAGGCAUAAGCGAGGAACAAGUCAAAUUGAGAGCAUUCCCCUUCUCUCUCGCCGAUCAAGCGAAAGAUUGGUUGUAUCUCCUACCUUCAGGAUCCAUUACAAGAUGGAACGAUCUCAAAAAACAGUUCCUUGAGAAAUACUUCCCUGCCUCAAGAGCCACAACAAUCCGGAAGGAGAUCAGCGGAAUUCGACAAUUCACGGGAGAAAGUCUUUUCGAAUAUUGGGAAAGAUUCAAUCGACUAGUGGAGAGUUUCCCCCAUCAUCAAAUCCCGAACCACCUGUUGAUCCAGUAUUUCUAUGAAGGUCUAUCAAAUAUGGAUAGAAAACUGAUAGAUGCGGCAAGUGGUGGAGCAUUGUUCGACAAAACCCCCACCGAGGCGCGUAAACUAAUCUCGACUAUGGCGUCCAACACGCAACAAUUUGGGGUUAGACAUGAUGAUCCACCUAGGAAGAGCAACGAGGUAAGUAAUCUUGAAGAACGUUUAAGUCAACUAACAACUGUUGUUGAAAAAGUUGUUGCAAAUAUUUAUCAACAAGUCAAAGCAUGUGGUAUCUGCACCUUAACGGGACACGCCACCGACAUGUGCCCAACUCUUCAAGAAUCAACUACCGAACAUGCCAACGCCGUAGAAGGAUUCGCGGGACAACAACAGAAAAGAUAUGAUCCUUUCUCCAACACAUACAACCCCGGAUGGAGGGACCACCCGAAUCUGAAUUACGGCAACCAACACUUUCAAAAACCUCAAUACCGACCACCUCCACAGCUUAACCCCACGCCAAACACAUCUCUCGAAGACAUAAUGAAAGCGUUAGUGACCAACACACAACAAUUUCAGCAACAGACCCAGGCGAAUUUCCAACAAUUCCAACAACAGACACAACAAUUUCAACAACAGACUCAGACGAGCAUUCAAAAUCUAGAAUCUCAAAUCAGUCAAUUGGCGUCGUCUAUUGGUAAGCUAGAGUCUCAAGGUAAGCUACCUUCUCAAUCUGUCAUUAACCCUAGACAAAAUGUUAGUGCUAUUACGCUUUGUAGUGGAAAAGAAUUGCAGGAAUAUGUGAACGAAGAUGACACCAAACGUGGGCUCGGUGUGAAAAGAAAGCCAGAAAAAGAAAUUGAGGUCCAACAAGAACAAACCAAACACGAAGUGGACCAUCCGCAGCCUUUGGUAACUAGACCACCAUUCUCAGAAAGAUUCACCAAAGCGAAGAAGGAAGAGGAGGAAAAAGAGAUCCUUGAAACGUUCCGCAAAGUGGAGGUAAACAUCCCGCUGCUCGAUGCCAUCAAGCAAAUACCCCGAUACGCGAAAUUUUUCAAAGAAUUGUGCACUAGCAAGGGUAAACUCAAGGGAAACGAACGAGUAAGUAUGGGGGAGAACGUCUCCGCAAUUCUCCAACGAAAAUUACCCCCAAAAUGCAAUGAUCCAGGUACGUUUUCUAUCCCUUGUAAAAUUGAAAAAAUUAGAAUAGAAAAAGCGAUGUGUGAUUUAGGUGCCUCUAUCAAUAUUAUGCCUCUUACUAUAUAUGAAUCUUUGAAUGUUGGCCCAUUGAAAGAAACGGGGGUCAUUCUUCAACUUGCCGAUCGUUCUGUAGUUUACCCCGAAGGAAUUCUUGAGGAUGUACUUGUGCAAGUUAAUGAAUUGGUUUUUCCUACUGAUUUUUAUGUGCUUGAUAUGAGGGGGGAUAUUUCUCCCAAUUCUACAUCCAUCUUACUAGGAAGACCAUUCCUUAAAACCUCAAAAACCAAAAUUGAUGUUGAUGCCGGAAUUCUUUCUAUGGAAUUUGAUAAUGAGAGGAGCAUUCAAGACAACAAUUGUCAAAAGAUCGAGUCGAAGAACUUACAAGAAAAAAGUCUUUCAUGA